GGAAAACCAGAGCGGAUCGAGGGGAGGCCAAACUCCAGGUAGGGGGAAGUCCUCCCGAGAUGGAGUGGAAACUGGAGCGCACCGCCCCUCGGAGGGUCCGGACAGAAGAAGAGAUGCUAUGGGAGAACGUCAUGCGGGUGCUCGCCAAAGACCUGAAGCAGAAGAGAAGUCCAGGUUCUCCCAAGGUAUUUGAUGAAGUUAAGACUACGUAUUCCAGCUUCAAGAGCAACUUUGUGAAGAGGCUGUCGGCUGAGGCUCCCAUUGCCAGUAGCCCAAUUACCACCAGAUGGCGCCAAAGCCAAACCAGGGAUCUGGAAACCUGCUCCUUUGGGGAAGAGCUUUCCACCACCUACCUCCCAGAAGCUUCUGGAUCCGUGAAGAUAACGCCUGAGAAAGAGACUUUGAUUAUAAGAUCCUACCAAGAACCACUGAAGACCCCCAUCAAAGGGAGUUUAGAAACAAAUAACUCUGCUCUCCAUUUUUGCAAGGCAGCUCAUGCACUGGACAGAGGCUGGGAUGAAAAUGUUGCCUCGAAAGGCCAGAAAUGCCUAAACCAGCUAUUUUCGACCCAAAAGAUGGCUCAGUGGGUUAGUGGGCAAAUGCAGCUCUGUGAGCAAUCCCAAUGUGUCUGGAAAGGCUGUGGAGAUGGAGUCAGAGAUGAAUCCUUCCAUCUUAAAAGAGUAGGUGAUAUAGACUAUUCCAUACUCCAACCAGAAGUGAAGAUUCAUCAUACUGGUCUUCGAAAUGACUAUUAUCUGAAUAUUCUGGAUUGGAAUUUUCAAAAUCUUGUUGCUAUAGCCCUUGGAUCUUCUGUAUUCAUCUGGAAUGGGGAAAACUACAAUGUGAUUGAAAAUAUAGACCUAAGUCAUAAUUGUAACUAUAUAUCUUCUGUGUCCUGGAUAAAAGACGGAAACUGCCUGGCAAUUGGCACCAGCGAUGGAGAAGUACAAUUAUGGGAUGUGGUAACUAAAAAGCGGCUGAGAAAUAUGCUUGGUCAUUUGUCAGUGGUUGGGGCUUUGAGCUGGAAUCACUGUAUUCUCAGCAGCGGGUCGAGGCUGGGCCGUGUUUACCAUCACGAUGUUCGGGUCGCCCAGCAUCACGUUGGAACACUUCACCACAAGCAAGCUGUCUGCGCUCUCAAGUGGUCCCCUGACGGCAGGCUGCUUUCCAGUGGCUGUAGUGACGGACUGCUGACAAUAUGGCCACAUGACCCGGGGGCGAAAGCCCAGGUUCAGCCACUGAAAGUUAUACCCCAAUCUACAGCAGUCAAGGCCAUGGAUUGGUGUCCCUGGCAGCCUGCAGUCCUUGCUGUUGGAGGCGGAAUGGAAGACGGACACUUACGUGUCUUAGACAUAAACACUGGGCAAAACAUGCAGACCCCAACCACAAACUCACAGAUUUGUUCCCUAAUCUGGCUACCUAAGACAAAGGAGAUUGCAAGUGGCCAAGGUAGUCCCAAGAACGAUGUGACUCUGUGGGCCUGUCCUGGUCUGGCCAGGUCACGUGGAUUUUGGGGCCACAGAGGCAGAGUGCUGCACCUGGCUUUGAGUCCAGACCACACCCGAGUGUUUUCUGCUGCAGCUGAUGGCACAGCCUGUGUAUGGAACUGCUGUCACUCAGCCCCUCUACGAGCUCCGGUUUCCUCACUUCGAAGUGAGAAUAAUGACAGGGGCCUUGUCUUCUCCAUGGGGUUGUUGUGACGGUCCAACAGGAUGAAGUGCUUUUCCUGAGGUGAAUGUUCUUGUGACCUCCUUUCUCAGGUGACUUAUUUUGCUCUGCUUCCUCCUGUUGCGUUUCCCACAUGUUGUCUUUGCCUCUUCUCUAUUUUCCUCUCCCUCCCUCCUCCUCUUCUUCCUCCUCCUUUUUCUUCUUGUCUGUCUCUUCCUUGUUAGGGAUGCAUUUCCGCUGCUAUAGAAUACCUAUAGCAGAGAUUUCCAGACAUCUUUUUCCCUCUUGACUUUUCUCCCACUCUCUGGCUUCAUAUUUCUUUCUGCCUCUGGAUAUUUCCUUUCUGAGAUCCUUUCCUGACUUUAGCUUAAGCCAAAUACAUUAAAACAUCACUUAUUCGCUUGAAAAAUAUUGGUUAAAAUCCUACUAUCUGCUAGGCACUAGUUAAACAUGCUCAUUAUUUCCUCUCAAAACGAGAUCUCCUGUAGGACUCCCUUGUUCCUCUUCGUGGUCUCAUCCCUAUCUUGGUCAUCACAUCAUUCAGGGAACCUCCUGAUUACUCCACUCCAUGCUUCAUCCGUUCAUGCCUUGUUCUCUUCUGUUUCAUCUUAGUCAUCCCCUGAAUGCCUGAUGACCACCUGGUUUAAUUCCUUCUACCUGGUUUUCCUGUCUUUAUUCUUCAUGGGUCUCCACCACAGUUAGGUUACAUUUCUAAAAGCAUGGUGGUGAUCUUCUCAGCCCCCUGCUCAGAAACUCUCAAUGACUCCCUAUUACAUAAACCCCUCACCUCAACCUUAGGGUCCUGAGACCAGAAUUUGAAGUUAGGGAACGUGGGCUUACCUUGGCUCUGCCAUAGACUGACUGAGUGACCGUGUGUGUGGUCAUAACAUUUACAAGAACCAGAAUUUGGAUUUGAUAAUUGCUAAGCUUUUUUUAGGCUCAAUCAGGUCACUGUUUUCUUUUCUUUUUUUUUUUUUAAGUAGGCUCCACACCAGUGUAGAGCUCAGCGUGGGGCUUGAACUCACAACUCUGAGAUCA